UCCCGAGUUCCUCGAAAAGCCUGCGCGUCGUCGUAAAGCUCUCGAGUCUUUUCUCUGUUCGGGGGCUAAAAACAAAACCGGGCCUCUUCCUGAACUGGAAUUUCUGAAAUCAUCCCAUCAUUCUAGCGCAAUCCUUCUAUGGAAACCUCGCUCCACUCUCUCCCUCUCUGAUUUCACCACCUCUUAAUUCCUCUUUCUCUCGCUAGUCGCUACCACACAACAUCGUUAGUGGUUCGGCGCGCGGGGCCGCUAGACCAAGGGCGAAAACCCUAGCUCCGACUCCGAUUCCGAUUCCGAUUCCCACCGCCGCUCCUCCCGCCUCACCCAUGGCGACCGGCGCCUCCGAGGGCGAGCCCCGUCGCAAGCACCGCCGCUCCUCCUCCCCCUCCCGCGGCGACGAGGAGGACGACGCGGAUAGGACGACCUCGAAGAGGCACAAGCACCGCCACCACCGGCACCGCCACGGCCGCAGCCACCGCCACGCCAGCAAGAAGGCCGUGGAGGAAGCCGGUUCCGGAGGCGACGGCGUCGAUUCUUCUUCCCCUCCUCCUCCUCUUCCUCCUGCCGUUGCCUUGCCUCCUCCGCCGCCGGCCUCUUCGAGGCACGAUGAUGACGUGGAGGAAGGAGAGAUUCUCGAAGAGGACGCUUCUGAGCCUGUUGAGGAGUUUAAGAAUCUGGUAAGUAAAUCUGAAUCCGGUGUGCUGUCUGCCGAAGGAAGUGUUGGAGUUGUUUCUGGAAAUUCAAACUCAAUGGUUGAUGAACUCCAGUCAGCAGUUGCCAAUGACAGUAAAGUAAAUGGCGGGAUAGGUCACGAGUCUUUUAGGAAGGAUAAGAGUCAUGGAUCUAGAUUGCACUCUAAAGGUAACGAAAAGGCUAAGAACCGAUAUACUGCUGACACCAUGGAGAGUAGAGACAGUGACGCAGGUGAUCCCGCCGAUAGACACAAGACAUCCCCCUGCUCACCAAGUUCUGACAUAUACAGAGACGAUGGUUCGAGGUCACAAGAUUCUGUGAGGGAAAGAUCUCGAUCGCAGAGCAGUUUACCAUAUGGAGGCUCACCUUUAAAGCGAAGAAACCAUAUAGAAAGGGAGUCCUCAUAUCUUUCCGAGAAAAGCAAGAUUGAAUAUGAUCCAGAUGAUCAAAAUAUGACUCGGCGCAGCAAGGAUAAAUUGCAUAACACUAGAGAUAUUGUGAAGGACGAGGAAAGGGAAAGGAUUAACUCUAACAGAAGGUAUGGUAGCACGGAGGAUCAGCAUCACAGCAGGGAGAGGAGUAACAGAGAUAAAAGCAUGGGGAGUAAUGUCGACGCAAUAGACAGGAGAAGGGAAGACCGGGAAAAAAGCAAAGAUAGGGAUGUGGAGCCGGUCCAUAGAAAGAAAAGUGAACGUGAAAGGAGCAAAGAUAGGGACGUUGACAGGGACUAUAGAAAGAAAAGUGCACGAGAACGGAGCAUCGGUAGGGAGUUGGAGUGGGAUAGGGGAAGAGAGAAAGAAAGAGAACUGAGCAGGGAGAGGGGCUUGGAGAGGGAUGGGAGACGGGAUAGAGAAAGAGAAAUGAGCAGGGAGAGGGAUAUAGAUAGGGAUAGGAGAAGAGAGAGAGAAAGAGAAAUGAGCCGGGAGACUGACAUUGAUAGGGAUAGAAGAAGAGAAAUAGAAAUAGAAAGGAGCUGGGAGAGGGACAUGGAUAGGGAUAGAAGAAGAGAGAAGAGGAGGGAGAGGAGUAUAGAGAGAGAUAAAGAGAGAGAUAGAAGAAGAGAAAGAGAGAGAGAAAGAGAAAGGAGCUGGGAUAGGCCCAGAGAUGGUAGGAGAGACAAGGACAGAGAGAGAAUCAGGGAGCGGAGUAGGGAUAGGAGCUGGAAAUCAGAGCGGUUGGAUGAUGGAAAGAGGGAGGAACGUAGGGAUGCCCGGGGUGGCGACAAGUAUGAAAAUGUUGAAGAUGGUUACGUCGAUAAGCAUGGAUAUUCAAAGCACCCAAGACGAAAUGAAGUGGGAGAUGACAUUGAUGGAAUAAGCAGAGGGUUUUCAACAAAAAUGAGUGCUGCAACUAUGGACGAUGAUAAGGAAGUACACACAAGCGAUGAGGAUGACCUUGAUGGAAAGUUUUCAUUGGAGAUAGCUGAGCAGGAAGAGGAGGAUGUCAAUAGAAUUAAGGAAGAAAGUAGAAGACGAAGGCAAGCCAUUAUGGAGAAGUACAAGAAUAUGCAGCAGCAGCAACAAGAAGAGCAUGUCCAGCCUCAGGCGGAGGAUGCGGUGGAAGACAAAGCACGUCCAAAAAAAUCAACAGCAGAAGUUCCUGGUAGUAUUGCGGAAGGUGGGGAUUUGUAUGUUGCCGAACCAUCAUUUUCUAUUGGAAAAUCGCCUAUUCGAAAUGGAAUUACUGCUAAUGACAGGAGCUCUGGUGAAAGAGGUCUGGGGGAGGGUACACCGAAGAGUGAGGGAUCGGAUGACAUCUUCUGUGAUGAUAUAUUUGGAGAUUCUCCUGCUGGUGCACGUAAGAUGGGUAAAGGAGGUGGUUUACCUGUCGAAAGGAGUGGUCUCCAUGACAAUUGGGAUGAUGCAGAGGGCUACUAUAGCUAUCGAUUUGGUGAGAUACUUGAUGGACGAUAUGAAGUUAUUGCUGCUCAUGGGAAGGGAGUUUUUUCGACUGUUGUUCGUGCGAAAGAUUUGAAGGCUGGCAUUGGUGAACCAGAAGAAGUGGCCAUAAAAAUACUGCGAAAUAAGGAGGCUAUGUACAAGGCUGGUGUUGAGGAGCUUGGCAUAUUGAAAAAAUUAGUAGGUGCAGAUCCUGAAGACAAGCGGCACUGCGUUCGUUUACUCUCCAGUUUUAAGUACCGCAAUCAUCUUUGCCUGGUUUUUGAAUCUCUUAAUAUGAAUCUGCGUGAAGUUUUAAAGAAGUUUGGUCGCAAUAUUGGUCUUAAAUUAACUGCUGUUAGGGCUUAUGCGAAGCAACUCUUUAUUGCUCUGAAGCAUCUCCGAAACUGUGGUGUCCUUCAUUGUGAUAUAAAGCCUGAUAACGUGCUGGUUAACGAGGCAAAAAAUGUGUUGAAGCUUUGUGAUUUUGGAAAUGCCAUGUAUGCUGGAAAAAAUGAAAUCACGCCAUAUCUCGUGAGUCGCUUUUAUCGUGCCCCGGAAAUCAUUCUUGGCUUGCCUUAUGAUCAUCCAUUGGAUAUGUGGUCUGUGGGUUGCUGUUUAUAUGAGCUUUACGCUGGGAAAGUUCUUUUUCCUGGCCCUAGCAACAAUGACAUGCUUCGUCUACACAUGGAAUUGAAAGGCCCCUUUCCAAAGAAACUUCUUCGAAAGGCAGCAUUUGCAGACCAGCAUUUUGAUGCAGACCUGAAUUUUCUUGCUAUAGAAGAGGAUUCUGUCACCAAAAAGAGCAUAAGGAGAAUGAUUCUUAACAUCAAGCCUAAGGACAUUGGGUCGAUUAUCAAGGGUUCUCCUGGUGAGGAUCCAAAGAUGUUAGCCAACUUUAAGGAUCUUUUAGACAAAAUUUUUGUAUUGGAUCCAGACAAGAGGAUGACCGUACAACAAGCUUUGAAUCAUCCUUUCAUCACGGAGCUUCAAGAGGGUUUAUGCCAUUAUUGAAGGGGGAUGACGUUUGUUCAAGAAUACACUUUACUGGCGGUUCUUUCAGUGGAUUGUACUGUUCCUAUUGAUAUCUCCCACUGCUUUGAGGCAACCUUCCAGUGUUUAAUUGCUUUACAAAGGCACUCUGGAGAAGGCUAUACACUGGAGACUUAUCGCAGCAGCCUUCAAAGUGGAAGGAUGCGUCCGGCACAGGUUCCAUGCCUCUGCGAGUCUCUCGCAGACUUCAAGGACGAGUGUUUCACAGUUUAAGAGACAGCUAAAUCGUUGCCUUUGUAUGAAGUUAAAAUUCCCGGCCAACAAGCUUUACAUGAAGAAGAUAGCAACCUAUUGAAACAUAAAACUUUCGUCGGAGAGUCUGGUGGCAAUGUGCGAGCUGCUUAUUUGUCAUCCUUGAUCACUGGGCAUCACUAUUAACUUGCUUCUGUUUCACUCCAUUCUCUCACACAACUAUAGCUCUGCAUUCUCCCCCACUUCCUUGCCAACGUGUACUGGAGAGGUAGACACACCAGAUAAGGAGGAUCUAUAGACAUCCACAGCAAUCUCUUUAGAAGUGCUCCUUCUCCAUUAGUCUGCCAAACUUCUUCUGUGAGAACUCAGGAGGUCAUUGAUUAGUAUUACCAGGGUGGUUCUGAAGAUAUUUAGGCUGAGAGUUUUAAGUUGUCCACCUAAAGAGAAAGGGGGAUGUUUUCUUUACCUUCCAUUGCAUCUCAAGAUUCUCAACACGUUUUAUAGCAACAUAAGGACAAUUGGGUGGAUAAUGACAAGUUUAGUGUGGAGACGCACUUGUGGUUUUGA